UCUUGCAGGUAAGAAAAAUAAAGGAAGAAGUAACAGUAGGAGACCUUACUUCUUCAGGCAAACUCACGGAAGCAGCACAACACCGACCUCCAGGAUCGAUCUCUAGCUCCACCGGUGAGCAGGGGAGAGGCAACACGCGUGGUAGCAUGGGCGACACUUCAGUGGCAGAGACGCUGGUUCUUGGUCACCGGAUGAUCUCCGGCGAGGAGCUCCAGCGGCGGCGAGCGGCGGACCUGGAUGUCCGGGCAAACCAACAGGCAAUCGGGAGGGGGAAAGGCUCCUGGAGGACCAGCUUAUCACCCUGAAGAUGUUGAAUGGCUCGGGGAAGCCUGAGGAGGGGCGACGGCGUCGAGCUCGAGCGGCGGCCGGAGUUGGAGGAGACGGGUCAAAUCUGUUGAUCCAGGACGUCCUAACAGGCUCUGAAGGUCGGUAUCACCAAAAGGAUGAAGGCGGAGGAGACGGCGGUGGCCGGUGAGAAGGGGUGCACCACCAAAAGGAAGGCGGCGGCCAGCAACGACGAUGGUGGACUGAAGGAGGAGAAGCUGCAGGUGGAGGUGAAGCCCUUGACCCUGAUCUUGGACUCUGAAAUUAACCAACCUGAGGAGCUCGACACCCUAAUCUCCAACAGCAGUGAACCUGAUGAAUCCAAAACCCUGAGCCCCAACGGCAGCGUAUCUAAGGAAUCUGACGCCGACUGCAGCGAACCUGAGGAUCUUGAUGAAUGUGUCUCGGAUGAAUAUAUGUCGGCAAAAUGGGCGGACAUGAUGGCCGAAUUAGGCUUCGAGGACUCUGAUUUUGCUGAAUACAGAGACCUCUUUGUCGUGGAUAACCAACAGGUGGAGGAUGCUGCUUGAUUUCGAUGAGCAUUACUUUUGGCCAACAUAUGUGUUGUCCAUCUGAAAAAACAUACGUGCUGUCUACUCGUCUAUAUUAGUGAAUGAAUCCACCAGCCAAAAGGCUGGUCCUUGAUGCUGUUCAAUUAGUUAAUGUCUAUCUGUGUUACCAAACUAUAUUGUUAUCCACGUUCCUUUGGCUAAAUCAGGCCUUGAUGA